AAACAAGUGAAAGCGAGGCAGAGGGGAGGCCUUGUCUUGAGAGAUCUCUGCUCCUCCAGCACAGGCAGCGUGAUGUCAGCGGUGGCAGUGCUGUAGUAAUUGCCUUGGUGGGGUGAUGGCGUCAUUUCAUGCCCUGCUGUAGCCUCCUGCUCGGAUAGCGAAGGCGACACGGACCUUUAGCCGACGCGACCGUGGCUCCCUUGGCCGGGAUCGAGCACCGCCGAGCCGGACACUUGACGCCGGGAAACAUGGAGGCUGUGGCCGAGGAGCUGCGGGCCGGCUCCCGGGUACCUGUCACUAUCGAUCAAAUAGUUAACGAUACACUGGUGGUGACGCUGACCUACCGAGAGAGGAGCUACACGGGGAUACUACUUGACUGUGAUAAAAAGACCGGGCUAUUCUGUCUACCAGAUUUCACAGCAAAACCCGGGGACUGCCCGAUACCUACACCGGUUUGUCAAGAAGUCCCAGAAGUUCUGAGUGAGGAGCCGGUUUCCAAAUCUCCCAGCCAGGCUUCGCACAGACCAAAGGAUGAGAACACUCUCCCAGAAAGCGGCACACCUGCUGCUCCUCUUCCCUGCCCUGUACCCACACCGGUGCCAGCUGGAGAGACUCCUUACCCUCCUUAUUUUGAAGGAGCCCCCUUCCCUCCACCCUUAUGGGUGCGCCACAGCUACAGCCAAUGGGUACCUCAGCCCCCUCCGCGACCAAUCAAGAGGAAGAAGAGGCGAACGCGAGAGCCCGGCCGCAUGACCAUGAGUACUAUCCGUCUGCGCCCGCGCCAGGUACUAUGUGAAAAAUGCAAGAACACACUGAACAGUGACGAGGACAGCAAAGAUGGCAUGAGCAACACUUCUAAGACUUCUAGAAAAGAGAAUUCACUACAAAGCGAUGACGACGGCGAGGACAAGGAUGCCCCCUCCAAGCUGUUGAGAAAAGAGGAUGUGGUUGCAGCCAAGGACGCUAAGAGACGUGAAAGUGGCACCAGCCUUGACAACAAGCGCCUCAGGAAGGAUAAAAGGGGGGACGUUGAAGGGGAGAAAUUCCCUGGAGGAGAAAUCAUCCCCCACAGUCCUGUCAUAAAGAUCUCCUACAGCACUCCACAGGGCAAGGGGGAGGUCAUGAAGAUCCCCGCGAGAGUCCACGGUUCAGUCAAGCCAUUCUGCCCCAAACAACUGGUGCAGAACGGCGUGGGAGAGAACGGCAAGACGCCCUCCGAUCCCACCAAGGAGCAACGGCACAUUUUAGAUGCCACAAGGUCCGGCCUCACCGUGUCCAUUCCCAAACUCAAACUUACCAGGCCUUUUACAACCGUAGGUCAGGACUUGCCCUCUCCAAAGAUCCACUUGAGACCCCCUCAGAGGGAGGGUGAGGAGAGUGUGGUCGAGUACGAGGCAGAACUUGUAGGAGGCACCAGGCGACAAAGCCCCAGGGUGCCCGGUCCGUGUCUCCCCCACUCCGAAGACUCAGGGGAAGGUAAAAACUCUCUGGAGUUGUGGUCGGGGAGUUCGGGAGAGGAGGUGGAGCGCGGCCACAGCGACCUCACUCUUCUCAUCAACUUCCGGAAGCGCAAAGCGGAUUCGUCUAGCCUGUCAGUCUGCAGCAGCGACAGCCUAGACGAGUCCAAGUCCUUCAGCUCGGACGGCACCUCACCAGAGCUUUGCGACCUGGCCCCAGGCGAAGACCUGUCUGUGACCUCGUCUUCCGUACCGUCACGGGAGGACUGCAAGACGGUGCCGCCGCUUACGGUGCGGCUCCACACCCGCAGCAUGACCAAGUGCGUGACAGAGGAGGGUCACGCCGUGGCGGUGGGCGACAUUGUAUGGGGGAAGAUCCACGGCUUCCCCUGGUGGCCGGCACGCGUCCUCAGCAUCAGCGGCACCCGCAAGCAGGAGACGGCCACUUGCGAGGCCCAGUGGCCCCAGGCGAAGGUGGCGUGGUUCGGCUCACCCACCACCUCCCAGCUCUCCGUUGCCAAACUGUCACCCUUCAGGGAGCUCUUCAGGUCCCGCUUCAACCGCAAGAAGAAAGGGAUGUACCGGAGGGCCAUUCUGGAGGCGGCCAAGGCCGUGGGCCACAUGGGCCCAGAGAUUACGUCGCUGCUUUCCCACGGUGACACGUAGAAGCUGAGGACCGAAGAGAGGUCUCCCGAGUUUUUUUUCUUUUCUUUUUUUUCUGAAUUCUCAGACUGUAUCAUCAAAACCCAGGAGGGAGUACGUGCGGUUGCCACGGCUACUAUUUAUGUGCCGUUUUAUUUUUUUUUCACAAGGCUGGUUGAUAAAUAGCCGCCAAGGUGGAGUGUUGUUGAGACUGGAUAAGGGAGCAAAAAAGAAAACGGGCAGGCAUCUCAUGGUCUACUAUGAACUAAACUAUUCCUGCUAUUUGUUUUUUUUUCUAGAUUUAAUCAUAUUUCAAUAGAGCCGAAUAACGACACUACAAGGACCCAAAUGUAUUUAUUAUCUGUUACUGUUUAUUAUGAUCCACCUUUCUACUACGACACAAAUCCUCCCGGUCUGCUGCUGUCAUCACCGCGGUCCUCGCUGUUGGUGCGAGGUCCAGGCCCCCGUCCGGCCGGAGGAAGCAGGUGGCAUCUUCAAAGGAAUAACUCCCCCCUUUCUCUCACACUUGGACAUGAGCCGUUCUACCGCGGUUUUAAAAGUCUUACCCCAAAUCCUCUUACUUCUGAAAAUGUGAGCGGCUCCAUCCAGAGACAGUAGUGACUGUUCCAGCUCCCCUUAGCGAUCAGUGCUCCAUCCUCGUAGCCUUCGGCGACACUAGUUGGAUCCGUGGAUGUAUUUAUACUGAACUCUGUUCCUCUCCAGAAUCAUGUUGCGUCUCUCUUCCAUUUCAUUUUUUGAAUUUCACGUCCGCAAAGUUUCCUCCCUCUAACUCUUUAUUUUUCCUGAGAACCAUUUUUUUUUUUUUCAUCACUUUAAUUAUUUAAAGCUUCACGUUUAAGAAGAAAAAAAACAGCACUUUAUCUGUACCUUUGGUGGCCUGCUGUAAGCUCACUGUCUUAGACACUAUUUGGAGAUUACGGCCCUGAUAGGCAGCAGGGGAGCUCAGAAGUCUUUGUGGUUGACUAUCCAUGGCCUUGGAGAUACAAAAAAAACAAAAGACUUCUUUUAUUUUUUUUUACAUUUUAUUUUAUUGUACGAAUUUUGGGACACCAGACACGGAUGGUUGUGUACACUGUAUUCUCGCAUUCUACUUGGGGUGCGUUUCUCUCUCAGUUUAUCUACCACACACACACACACACUACAAAAAUCCACGUUGAACAUUUCCACUGGAGAAAUCAUGGGUGAACAAAUGUGCCCCCUAUGCAUUAUCAGUUAAAGCUUUAUGAGUGACGUUGGGAGAAGAAAAAAAAAUAAUAAUACCAUGCUGUAAGAAUACUGUGAAUUCAACUUGCUGAAGUGUUGCUGAAGAAAAGCUCGCUACUAGUCGGAACCUGCAGUUAUUGAGUCAUCUGGUAUAAAGCAGACUGACCUUUAGUGACCUUUUGGGUUGAAAGCAGCACUGUUGGAGUAAGGGGGGAGGGGGGCCAGCGAAGUCGAGAACAGCUCGGUCUGUAUUUAAUUAAAAAAAAAAAAAAAAAAUACUGACGCUCGCGCACGGUCACCCUCAGCAAACCAGCCCGUCUCCCUUCCACCUGUCUGGGAACACUUUGUUCCAAUCGAGGCUGGAAACUAGCCCAGUGAUUGUCAAUGAGAGCAGUGUGUUGGUAGUGGAGGGGGGGGGGGGGGGGAGCAGGUAACGCACUCCUCCCAUUUCGAUAAUCUGCGGUUUGACUGUUUGCUGUCGAGCCCCGGCUAGUUUCCAGGCAGCCUUACGCAACCAGGAGUGGGAGAGCCUCAAUGUAUGUAUGCCUCAGAGGGGAAAAGGCCCGUCAGGGGAUUUUCCCACGUAUGAGCAACAUGGCUGUCUACUGUUGCCCACGUUGGUCAAUGUUAUUGCCUACUUUUUUUGUUGUUUUCUUUUUUUACAUGUACUGUACAUAAAAUAAAAUAUAAAGCAAUA